CUCACUUCGAACCCGGAAGUAAAUAUUCGAAGGCGUAAACACGUGGCUUGACGAGCACGCAAGUUAAUGAAAUAACAGUAUUAUAAAUCAUGGGCAAAUCCAAGCAGGUGGGCAGCCACAAAAAUGGCAAAAAGAAGAACAUUGCAAAGACAUGGAAGACAAAACGAAGGACAAAGGACUUGGACCAGAUCCACACUGACAUGAUCCCUGCCAAUGCAACCAAACUCCUGAAACAGGAAGUGGACUAUGAUGCCACAGGCUUCGCUCAGCACUACUGCCUGCACUGCGCGCGCUACUUUAUUGACCUGAAGACCCUGAAGGAGCAUUUCAAGACCAAAGUCCAUAAAAAACGGUUGAAGGAGCUCCGAGACGAGCCGUACACUCAGGCCGAGGCGGAGAGAGCGGCAGGAAUGGGUUCAUACAUCCCACCGAAAAAGGUUGAAGUGCACACGCAGCAGGUGGAAGAGGACAUGGAGUGAAGGUCGUCUGAACGUCACAGUGACACGAAGAUCACUUACAGUCGCAAGAUCUCACCCUCAACGUCCGAGACGGAGCCUGACUUCUUUCCGACGACGCCAGAAAACCAUUAAAUUAUUUUUACCAUGCUGGAACAGGAUUACAGCAGCAUUCAGAUCAUUAACCUUUAUGCCUAAAGUGCGUGUUUUAUUCAUAGUGUUGGUGAGUUAAAUCACUCCACAGUGUGUUAGCAGGUGGAUUAGAGCGAUAGCCUGAGGUGUGGAGCUCAGAAUCACUGACGGAGAAAACCCUGAUUGAUAAUUUAUUUACCUGUCAAUCAAAUCGCUCAGUCUGUGUGAGGAUGGUUGGUUUAUUCUGCGUGUCAGGAUUUGACUGGACUGUGACCACAAAACUGAAUUUGCAUAUGUAAAUAAAUUUUGUCACAAUUA